CCGGCUAAAUUAUAGACGUCGUCCAACACGGCACCACCACCAAGCAGCAGCGACCGCACCCAACAACAAGAACCACCACCACACCAGAUAUGCGUGUGCUCCCUCUCCAUCUAUCUCUUCUAGUGCGAUAGGUUGUUGCACGUUUUGCAGCACCCCCGGCCCUUGUUUUCCUUCCUCCUCUCCUCUCUGCAUCAGUUUCCUGACCUACUGCCGCCUUGGAUUGGAUUGCUGGAGCUCUCUCUCAUCAGCUCUUCGGUGGCCACUUGUCUUCUCUCCUCCUAUCAGCAGAGCCAGAGCCAGAGCAAGAGCCAAAGCCAGAUAGAUAGUCCUCAUCUCCGUCUCCGUCUCCAUCUUCAUCUUCCUCGCUCCUUGAGGAAUCUCCAUCUUCGUCUUCGUCGUCCUCCUCCUUGAGGAAACCAUCAUCAAGGAGAAGAAACCACCAAGAGCAAGAGCAGAAGCGCUCAACUUCUCUCCUCUGUGUUUCUCAAGAAUAAUAAGGUGCAUCUCUUCUGUGCUACAAGAUCUGGCGGUGGGGCAUGAUGAGCAAUCUUAAACUUGGUGUUGAGGUUACCAGUGCUCAUGAUCUCCUCCCGAAAGAGCAGGGCACAGCCAAUACUUUUGUUGAGGUCGAGUUCGAUGGCCAGAAGUUCCGCACAGCCAUCAAAGACAGGGACAUCAACCCUGUCUGGAACGAGCAGUUCUACUUCAACAUAUCUGAUCCAUCCCGCCUCCCAGAGCUACACCUUGAGGCCUAUGUGUACCAUGCAGACCGUGCCAGUAAUUCCAAGGCCUGCCUAGGCAAGGUUCGCAUAUCGGGUACAUCCUUUGUCAGCCAACCUGAUGCUACGCCCCUGCACUACCCCCUGGAGAAGCGCACAAUCUUAUCACGUGCGCGUGGUGAGCUUGGUCUAAGAGUCUUCCUCACAGAUGAUCCAUCGGUGAGGGUGUCUGCUCCAGGUCACCAGGAGUUUGAUAUGUUAAGCACGCCUACCACUGCACAGGAGCAGGCAGCAGCCAACUCCAUUCCAAAUCCUUUCCAAGAGACGAGAGCAAAUCCAGUGAGACAAUUCCAGCACUUACCAAAAGAACAGCAGCGUCCGGCACAGCCAUACUACGCUGAAGGUUCAUAUGGAGACCAGCAACAAAGAAGCUUUUCUGCAGUUGGGAAUAAAGCUGCAGCCCCUCAGCCUCAGGUUCAGGUAUCAAGGAUGUAUGCUCCAGGUCCACAGCAGCCAAUAGAUUUCCAACUAAAGGAAACAAGCCCAACGCUUGGUGGUGGCCGUGUUAUUGGUGGCCGGGUGUACCCUGGUGAGAAGGCUGGGGCAUACGACCUUGUUGAGAAGAUGCAGUACCUCUUUGUGCGUGUGGUCAAGGCCCGCGAUCUGCCCAACAUGGACAUCACUGGAAGUCUUGAUCCUUUUGUGGAGGUGCACCUUGGGAACUACAAAAUGAAAACAAAGUACUUUGAGAAGAAUCAGAGGCCCGAGUGGGAUGAGGUGUUCGCAUUCCCUAAGGAAGUCAUGCAGUCAACGAUGCUUGAAGUUGUUGUGAAGGACAAGGAUGUCGUUAGGGAUGACUAUGUCGGUCGAGUGAGUAUUGACCUGAAUGAGGUCCCUCUAAGGGUCCCUCCAGACAGUCCAUUGGCACCAGAGUGGUAUCGUCUUAUGGGCAAGGAUGGCAUGAGGGACAGAGGGGAGUUGAUGCUUGCAGUCUGGUAUGGUACUCAAGCAGAUGAAUGCUUCCCAAGCGCCAUUCAUGCAGGGUCAACACCAGUUGAAUCCCAUCUUCACAAUUAUAUCCGUGGGAAGGUUUACCCUGCGCCAAGAAUGUGGUAUGUGAGAGUCAAUGUAAUUGAGGCACAUGAUAUAUACCCAAUGGAGAACCACAUACCUGAUGUACUGGUAAAAGUGAGACUGGGCCAUCAAUUGUUGAAGACAAGGCAAGUUCGCUCACCAACCAGAAACUUCAUGUGGAAUGAGGAGCUGAUGUUUGUCGCAGCAGAGCCUUUUGAGGACGACUUGAUCAUAUCAGUAGAAGACCGUGUAGCACAAAACAAAGAUGAGGUGAUUGGUGAAACUAUCAUACCACUCGCAAGGCUUCCAAGGCGGGCUGAUCACAAGCCGGUACGGCCAGCAUGGUUUGAUUUAAGAAGACCAGGAAUAAUUGAUGUGAACCAGCUAAAGGAAGACAAGUUCUAUGCAAAGGUAAACCUUCGUGUUUGCCUUGAAGGUGGUUAUCAUGUGCUUGAUGAGUCCACACAAUAUUGCAGUGAUCUCCGUCCAACAAUGAAGCAGUUGUGGAAGCCACCAAUUGGCAUGCUUGAAGUUGGCAUUUUAAGUGCAAAUGGUCUCAAUCCAACAAAAACCAGAAACGACCGUGGGUCGUGUGAUGCAUAUUGUGUUGCCAAGUAUGGUUCAAAAUGGGUCCGGACACGCACAAUAGUUGACAACUUGAGCCCUCGAUUCAAUGAGCAGUACACAUGGGAAGUCUUUGAUCAUGGAACUGUACUCACAAUUGGUCUAUUUGACAACUGCCACAUAAGUGGAGAUAACAACCACGGUUCCUCAGGCCACAUGGAUAAACCCAUCGGCAAAGUGAGAAUUCGGCUUUCAACACUUGAGACGUCGCGUGUGUACACACACUCAUAUCCAUUGCUCGUCCUCAGCCCAUCAGGAGUUAAAAAGAUGGGUGAACUACAUCUUGCCAUCCGGUUCACAACAUCAUCCCUUAUCAAUGUGCUCUUUACAUACUCUAGGCCCCUCUUGCCCAAGAUGCAUUAUGCACAGCCUCUGUCAAUAGUUCAGCAGGAAAUACUCCGCCACCAGGCUGUGCAGCUUGUUGCGCAGCGCCUGGGGCGCAUGGAGCCACCAGUUCGCAGGGAAGUUGUUGAGUUUAUGUCAGAUGCUCGCUCUCAUCUGUGGAGCAUGCGACGGAGCAAAGCUAACUUCUUCCGUCUUAUGCAAGUCUUCUCAGGGGUCAUUGCUGCAGGGAAGUGGUUCGGUGAUGUUUGUCAGUGGAAAAACCCGGUCACCACAGUGUUGGUUCAUGUGCUCUUUAUCAUGCUUGUGUUCUAUCCAGACCUUAUCCUGCCAACAGUCUUCCUCUACAUGUUCUUGAUAGGGUUGUGGAAUUACCGGUUCCGGCCACGCUUCCCACCACAUAUGAACACAAGAAUAUCUUACGCUGAUGUUGCACAUCCAGAUGAGCUUGAUGAAGAAUUUGACACAUUCCCAACCUCAAGGAGCCCAGAUCUCAUUAGGAUGAGGUAUGAUAGGUUACGACAUGUUGCUGGGAGGAUACAGACAGUUGUUGGGGACAUUGCCACUCAGGGAGAGAGAUUACAGUCACUGCUGAGCUGGAGGGACCCAAGGGCAACAGCUAUGUUCCUAAUAUUUUGCCUGAUUACUGCGAUUAUACUAUAUGUGACACCAUUCCAAGUGAUUGCACUCUGCCUUGGGUUCUUCUGGAUGAGGCAUCCUCGGUUUCGCCACAAGGUGCCGUCAGCACCAGCAAACUUCUUCAGGAGGCUACCUGCAAAGACAGAUUCUUUGCUGUAAAGUUCCUUGGAGAGCAGCUGUCAACGAUGUCUAAUGUACCUCUUUGUGCCUGUUUUUGUUACCCAUAUAUUGUUGUAUAAUAGCCUUAAGUGAGACAUAUAUAAUUGCCGCUUCAUGUGAGAGAACAAAAUAAGUUGAUUUCAUUAGAUGAUUUUCCUGCUUUUAGAAGUUAAGACAUUCCAACUUCUUUAUAGCAUGAAAAUGUAUGUAAGAUGCCUGCUUCAACAACAGUUUCUCCAAUUAGUCAAGUUUGUCAUGGUGAAAGACUA